GCCACGGGCGGCGCUGCAGCUGGCGGACCCCCGCGUUCCGCCCGGAGAGGGAAGCGGACGGACCGGGCGGCGGCGGCGGUGGGCGAACGGGUUUGAGCGGCGGACACGAAGACAGCAGCGGGCUGUUGUUGGGAUGUUUAAAAGUUCCGUGGUGCUACCCUUGCAGACAGGUCACAAUGCCCAAACCUGAAGGGUUUGAUUUCUGGAGGACGACGCUCAACGGUGCCCGUUAUGUGGUUGCCCCCAUGGUGGAUCAGAGUGAGCUGGCAUGGAGGUUGCUGAGCCGCCGACACGGUGCCCACCUCUGCUACACGCCCAUGCUUCACGCCCAGGUGUUUGUGCGAGAUGCCAACUACAGGAAGGAGAACCUCUACAACGAGACGAAUGCAGAGGACCGACCACUCGUUGUUCAGUUCUGUGCAAAUGACCCAGAAGUAUUUGUCCAGGCCUGUCUACUUGCUCAGGAUUACUGCAAUGCUAUUGAUCUCAACCUGGGCUGUCCACAGAUGAUUGCAAAACGAGGGCAUUAUGGAGCAUUUCUACAGGACAAAUGGGACUUGCUGCAUAAAAUGCUUUCUGAGGCACAUAAGAGAAUAUCAGUUCCCAUCACAUGCAAAAUCCGUGUCUUCCCCGAAGUCAGUAAAACUGUGCAAUAUGCAAAGAUGCUGGAGAAGGCAGGCUGCCAGCUGUUGACUGUUCACGGUCGUACAAAGGAGCAGAAAGGGCCCCUGACUGGAAUCGCUGAUUGGGAACACAUAAAAGCUGUGAGGAACGAAGUGAACAUUCCAGUUUUUGCCAAUGGCAAUAUCCAAUAUCUAACCGAUGUGGACCGAUGCCUUCGGGAGACUGAUGUACAAGGUGUAAUGAGUGCAGAGGGUAAUCUACACAACCCGGCCCUGUUUGAAGGUCGAAAGCCACCCGUGUGGGAGAUGGCAGAAGAGUACUUGGACAUCGUAAGCCAGUACCCUUGCCCACUUUCAUUUGUCAGGGCUCACCUCUUCAAACUCUGGCAUCACACGCUACAGGUUUACCAUGAAUUGAGAGAGGAAUUAGCAAAAGUGAAAACUGUAGAUGCCAUUGUAGAAGUCAACAGAGAACUUAAACGGAGGUGCCAGGAUGAAAUAUCUAAUUUAAAGGAAUCAGAAGCCAGAGAAAAUCAUUUGCCUCUUCCUCAUUGGAUUUGUCAACCAUAUGUUCGACCAGGACCCAAGGAUAUUAACUCUCAGAAUGGAGAACACCCAACUGGUGGGAAAUCCACUGGGAAAAGAGCUCUGGAAGAGGAGGAUGGAAACCUUGAAUUCCUUUCAAAGAAUAAACAAAAAAAGAAAGCUCGGAAUCCCAAAAAAAACUUUGAUACCUCAGUGAAACCUAAAUAUGUGAAAUGUGAACAGUGUGGGAAUCCAAAGGGAACAAAAUGUAUUUUCAACUUGUGUCGUGGAUGCUGUAAGAAGAAAGCUUUCAAAGAGUUGGCUGACUGUGUAGGUCACGGGUUACUCUUCAAAACCAAACUCGAGAAGCGGUUGAAAUGGAAAUUAAUGGAAGAGGGAAUACGAGAGAAUGGAGACAGAAAACAUGAGUGUUUGGAUUCGUGAAUAGUUUGUCCGUCCGUCCCGUUGACUUCUCAUGGGAAUUUGAUUUGCCCCCCUUGCACACACCUACAUGUUUUAUAGACAGGGCUCAAGGUUCAUUCUUUCACCAUUCAAGUAUUGAUUAUUUUUGAACUAUGCUGAGAAACAUUUUUGUCAACUCUCCGCACUUAUCCUGCUGCAAUAUUUGCACGGUACUCCCAUGUCCCAGUUGACUAAUCUGUAGAAGGGCCUCGACCCAAAACGUCACCUAUCCAUUUGCUGCAGAGAUGCUGCCUGACUCGUUGAGUUACUCCUGCUUUUUGUGUCUAUCAUUCAUUCAUAUAAACUUGGUCUCACUUGUCUGAUAAGCAAAUGAAAGUGAUCAUUUAUCAGUAACUAUUGAAGCCACCAGCAAAAAUAUACUUCCAAUAAAUACUUAUCUUGCUGUAGUCUUUGGAGAAUAAAAUCCAAAAGAAUGCUAAAAUAAUCGGUUUAUUUCCAAAUGUCACAAAUUACCCCUAAAACCCCAACAUCUGCUUAUUUUCAUUUCAUCAUCCUUAAAGUUUAAAGACGGUUUCAAGAAGGAAGUUUCCAGUGUGUAAAUGUUAUCCAUGAUAAUCUGCUAAAUAUGCACCCAUGACAUUUGGAGCAAGUUAGAUAUCUUGAUUCUGACGGAGGCCGCUGCCAUGUCCUCGGAGUUGAUCAACAUUAAACGCUGGUGAUGGAAACUGUGGUGACCUCUGCUGUACUGUUCACUUGAGCCUCGCUGCGCAAGACUUGCUAAUUCAACAAACACUGCCAGCCAGGAACGCACAGCACCGUCUGCUGGAAGGCAAUGCUCGAAGGUACUCUGAUUCUGUCUCUUGCUGUUGGGGAGAGCGCUAUGGAGACGACUGCCUGACAUUGCCAGUUGCAAUAAUUGAGCAAAUCUUUUAGGACUGAGCUUAAAAAAUGAAAUUCAUUUCCUCAAAAUUGAGUGGCAUCAAAUAAAUUGAUAUGCCGUCUUAAAAUGAGUACAUAGUUAAAUUAUUGCUAUUACAGUGAUUGGAAUAUUUUACAAAAUGGAAUGCAAUUAAUUCCUGCAAAACAACUGCAAUAUAUUUGCUAGAUGGCAGCUGUGUGCAUAUGUAACUCUCAAAUAACCUUUAUGAUGGAAUAGGAUGGAGCAGUUUACCUUUAAAGACUCGUCUUUAUUCUGACUUAUUUUCAUUGUAUAACAUUGGUUGAUUAAUGACUGUAUUGUAUGGCUGGUUAUAGGAUUCACUGGGAGGUUCUCUGUACUGGAAGUGACUUCUUUGUAAUGUAAUUUAAUGCAUGCAGGUCAACGCUUCUCGCCUAAGCUUGUUUUUAAUCCAUUUGACCCUGAAGAUUGGAGUGAAUCACCACCAGUACAGAAGGAUACAGCAAUCAUGUAGCUUAAUUGAAUUCAUGUUAUUAGAGGUUCUCUGAUCACACGCUGUAGUUCUCACGAGGUUCUACAAUAGUUUGUUUCUUGCCAUUAAAAUAACGAGCAACGUUAAACAAAAGUUGCUGGUAUUUCCAGAUGUAAGCAUGUGCUCACAGUCCUUGACAGGGUGGAUUUGAUCAACAGUAAUGCCAAAUAAUCAUUUCUGAUCUCCACCUAAUUCCUCGUUUGCUUCUAACCCAUUGUGCCUUGCGUGCCCAUAAUGUGCAAUAGGUCUUUACUGUUCCUUACACUUUGGAUCUGGGCAAAUGCAACUGAGCAUGAAGCCUUUGAGGAAGCUCAAGAGACUCUACUAAGACUGGGUCUGAGGUUUGAUUUGAUUUUUACGCAGGCUUUCAGUUACAGCCGCCAUAAGGAAAGCUUAAUUUGCUGAAUUAAGGAAUUUCUAAAAAUAAGUUUUAAACAAUAUUUUCUGUGCAGACUUUAAAGGAAACAAAUUGUUAGAUUGGCAGAAAUGUUUAAUGAUAAAUUUGUAAUAUUGGUGACUGCUAAUAUUUUCCUUUGAAUUAUUUCAUAAAAUUUCGAUUUUAUGUA